UUCUAACAAUCCAACAUGUUGUUCGUUAUGUGUGGACUUCUUUUGUUCAGCGUCGGGUUUGUGGCGUCUUCGUAUAACACAUUUUUGAAGAAGUUUGAUGUUCAACCAUUGGUGGAACAAGCCGAUGAAGACGAUGUUUCCACGUGGACCGAUCACAGCAAUUUUCUCGAAUGCGCAUAUCCUACCGAUUGUACAGUAAUACAGAAAUGCAACCACACAAAGAGCGGCAUUUACCGAGUGUUUCCGUUCGGAGUGGGAAAAGGCUUCCUUGUGUACUGUGACAUGGUGACGCAGGGUGGUGGAUGGCUGGUGUUUCAAAGACGACAAGAUGGCUCUGUUGACUUCUUUCGUAACUGGCAGAAUUACACCGAUGGGUUUGGUAACCUCUACGGCGAGUUCUGGUUGGGCCUGCAAAAGAUUCAUCUCCUGACCUCUCAGGCGCACUUUGAACUCCUCGUGAAUAUGAGAAGCUACACCCUGGGAACGGGUUACGCUUCCUACAGCAGAUUCCGUGUGGCAGACGAGUCUCACAACUUCCGGCUCUUACUGGGCAUAUUUAAGGGGAAUGCUGGUGACUCAAUGGAUCACCAAAAUGGCUUGGAGUUUUCCACAUAUGACCGAGAUAAGGACUACGCCGGUGGGAACUGUGCUGCGACAUAUCAUGGCGCAUGGUGGUACAAUAGUUGCCAUCACAGUAAUCUGAAUGGGCUGUAUGUUCAUGUGAAGGAGAAGUCCACAGUAAAUGCUUCAUUAGUAACGUGGCACCAAUGGUCGUCUAAAUAUCUCCCUCUUCAGUUUAGCGAGAUGAAGAUACGCCCGGUGAAAAUCCACUAAAUAGACGAUACUUGUGAUUGUUUAUAAAUUAUAGGCGAAGACAGAUCAAAAGUUCGUGGUAAUUGUUCCUUUGAACUUUCACUUGAUCUUUCUUUUUUGUUUUUUUUUUCUUUCUGUUUUUAACCCUUCAAAAUAUUUUAAAACUAAAACUGUUUAAUAAAUGAAUUUGAUUCAUGUCAUAUUUUAUCAUUUUAGUGAGAUAAUUAUCGGACUAUAGAAAUAUAACAUGCUGUAAGGCUGAUCGCAUUAUGUCCAAUGACUAGGCAAUCACAUGCCAACUAUUUUAACAUUUAGAGGCGAAAACACAAAAUUAUUAUAACUUUUUAGAAGGAACUAUUUACAAAACAUCAGUCUUUUCUGUAGUGGAGAUAGCACUCGUAAUUGUAGAUUUUUGAAACACACUAAACAGUUACUAGUGUUUUCUCCUACUUACACGACACCAUAGACAGGUGCAAUAAUUUCACAUUAUUUUUUCAAGAAGUGACAGUUUAUGUAUGUGCAUAACAAUACAAACACUUGGAGAAUGCGAUUAGCCAGAUUUCCGUGGAAUAUCUUUAAACGGACACCCUUCGUAUAAAAUAAAUGCAAGACGUUUUCCAUGUAAAGCAGCGUGAUUGUUGUGCCUCCAGCUUGUCAUGUUGGUACACAGUUGAAGUCAACGGUAUAAGGCGGCGUAAAUUUUGUGAGCCAAAGCCUGUUGCUGCGCAAAUCCAGCCACGCAUGAAAGAAUACCAGUUUCCCUCGCCCAGAGAUGAAGUUCUUUCAGAUCUCAAGUGGAAUCGAAUCCGGUUAGACAAAGAAUGGACGUCAUAACAAACGUAUAAAGUCGGCUAAAAGGAGUAGGUUGCAUGGCGAUAGCGGAGAGCUCACUGAGGUAUAGGAAUGAUUUAGAGCCUUGUGUUCGUGGGUUCGAAUUCCGCUCUACCGUACACCGCACGAAGGAGCACUAAGGUGGUGCAAGUUUUCACCACUGAAACUGCUAACACCAAAGUGUGGAUUCUCGAAAAAUAAUAAACUGCUCAGACAAAGCGUGGCGUCACAUGUGUCGUUUAACAAACAGAGGAGUAUAUCCAUAACUUCCCGUCACACCAGUAAAGCACAAUUUUACUUUAUCCCAAAAAGACCACAUUUUCGGACUAUAGAAAUUCACUACUAUUUAACCAUUGGCAUAAACAGAAUUAAAAUUUUUUUAACUGAGGGAAAUUGACCGUGCGUUUUUUUAUCGCCAAUUUGGGAUCAUUUGUUCCUAUCGCACAGUUGUCUUCGCUCUAGUUUUAAUCCCUAUGGUCUAAGUAUUUAAUAAUGUGGCAUAUAGAUCAAGUAGUUUUAAGUAGUUUUGGGGUAUUCUCUCUUAACACAAAAUUGUAUUUCCACUGGCGUUAGUGCUCCUGAACACAGCAGCAAACAUACCCUUGUUAACUGUGUGGACUUUAUUGUCUGGCGAUGCUGUCAUUACUUAACGUGUAUAUAUAUGUCAUAAAAAUAUUAUGAUUUACGGGUUUUAACUAAAUUUUAGUUCUUUUAACUGAUCUUUUAACAUGUCCUUCUGUUUUUAGUUCAUUUUUGAA